AUGGCUUACCCGGUCAGAAAUCAACCUACUGGAUUGGCCCCACCAAGCCGAUCUUCAGCACUACCGCAUCCAGGGUCUCCUUUGAAUACGCGAGACUUAUACACAGGUGCAACACCACAACUACGACGAACUUCAGAUCUCCUUUCACGAUCACCUUCCCUCUCGUCCGCUGCGAGAGGCGUACCUUUGUCCCCUUCAUCCACCAGUGGCUUUACAAGUCCAACAAAUAUGGAGAAUCCACUAGGUCCGGCGGCUUGCCCACCACUUAGUCCAACAGAGUCAAUAUAUGCCCUUCAGACAUCAGAGGGGCAGAACUUGAGAGCGGAGAUAUUUGGAAGAAUUGACAAAGGAUUUUUCAUGGCAGAUAAGGAUUGGACCUGUUACCGCAGAAAUUACUUUUCUCUGAAUUGUUCUUACACAAUACAGCCAGCUCUUCCUUCCGCCCAAAUUCACCUGGUCGAAAAUGGCAGAUUAGGCCCGCAAGUGUAUGCGUUUGCUAUGUCGAUAGCAGCCGUGGUAGAUGGGCGUGAUGGGAAAGCCAUCGAAUUGGUCCAACAUACUCCAAAGCGAGACAAAGGACCACAAGAAAAACCUGCGAGAGUCACCUUAGCCCCGCGCCCUCCAGCAUCACACGGCAUGUUUGGUGAUAAUGGAAUUGGUGGGUCCUCGAGAGGGUACGAUCAAGCCUUUGGACAAAAUCCAAAUCAGCCAGCAGUGGAAGCAACAUUCGAGCGCAUUCAAUUCAAGAACGCAACAGCCAAUAACGGCAAAAGAAGAGCCGCUCAACAGUACUACCAUCUUUUGGUUGAGCUUUUUGCGGAUGUUGGCAGCCAACGUUCCGAGCGCUGGGUGAAAAUUGCCUUUAGAAUGUCAGCCCCUAUGGUUGUACGCGGGCGUUCGCCAGGCCAUUAUCAGAAUGAGCGGAGGGGUAGCAAUGCAAGUGCUGGGGGGUCUGGAGGUGCUGGAGGCGCGGGCUCAUAUACGCCAAGCGCAGGUACGUCGAGGACACCAGGAGACAUGGGAAUGUCCGGUGGGUCGUCGAUGCUUCAGGGAUCGGGAUAUGGAGGCUCUUACGACAAUCGGUCGCAUCAUUAUCGAUCCAAUAUCCCUCCUCUUCAAAUUCCGAUGGAGCCUGUGUUAUCCGCUGAGGAAGCGAAGAGUAUCGAAGAGUCGCCUUGUUAUCUUUAUUAUCCUGGCGCCAUUUACGAAGGCCAUGAGGCUCGGUAUCAACUACCAAGCAUGACAGAUUAUUCGGCUUCGAAAAUCAAGCAGGAAUAUGGUUCUGGCGGGUUUGUACUCCCUAGCCUAGCCAGCACACAAGAAAGUCUGGGGCGACACUGUGGUCGGUGGGAAGGAACUGCAGAAUCCAAAGGAUUCUUUCCAACCGCCAUCAUUCAACACGAGAUGAACAUUGGAUAG